UACCUUCAUAACUCUAUUCAAUUUAUUUAUGAUUACAUUCAUAAAUCCAUUCAAAUCAUUUACAAUAAAUAUAACAUAAUCAAACAUUUUCAUUCCAAGACAUUUACAUCACAAAGAUGUUUACAAUUUCUCUGACUACUUUUGUAAGGAUCUCCAGUGAAAGCCCAGGACUUGAAUAUGGGAAAAACAAAGAGAAAAGUAACUGAUGAUCCAAGGCCAACAAAGUACAGAAAUAUGGUGGGAUACAAUGACUAUGUCAGAAAUGCUGUCAUCAACCAUUGCUCCAAUGAAAAUCAUGAUAUCACUAUGAGAUUCAUGUACCCAAAGGCACCUGUACAAUAUAUCAACAAUGACCAUGAUUAUCUUAAACUACCUGUCUUAGAACAAUGGGUUGAAAAUGGUUUGAAGGUAAGGGGCCGUCUCAUAAGUUUUCAACCUAAGUCUACACUAAGUUGUGUUCAUUUACUCUUAACCACCCACCUAUUCUGUCUUAACAAAACAUUAGAUAUUUAUCUUAUCCCACCCUACCAUAUCGUAUCCCACCGUACCAUAUCGUAUCCCACCGUACCAUAUCGUAUCCCACCGUACCAUAUCGAAUCCCACCGUACCAUAUCUUAUCCCACCGUACCAUAUCGUAUCCCACUGUACCAUAUCGUAUCCCACCGUACCAUAUCUUAUCCCACCAUACCAUAUCGUAUCCCACCGUACCAUAUCGUAUCCCACCGUACCAUACUGUAUCGCACCGUACCAUUCCAGUCUGAUCAGGGUGGUUUCCUCCGAGCGCUUCUGCUUCCCUCCCACCUCCCUCUCUAUCUCCCACUUGCCUAUACACUGUUAUUGCCUAUGCCUGUAGGAACAAGCCUAUUAUGCCCCAGAGGUGAUUGGCUUCAUGGUUGA